UCGGCUGAGGCAAGAACAAACGACGACCAUGAGAUCUACGGCCUUUGCGGUGAUCGUGAGUGUUGUGCUCGUGCAAAUCGGCGCCCAAAACGCGAUCGGCGACGCCGACUACGAUCUGAGGGUGCUGAGCAAACAGGUGAAGGCGCUGGUGGAGCGCAGAACUGAGGACUUGAGGAGCAUUGAGGAGAGCGUGCGGAGGACAGUGUUUAACGGCCCCGAGGUGGAGGAGUUACGCGACCAAGUCAGGAGCUUAAAAACGGAAAUUGACCAGCUCCGCACCGGCACAGUAGCGCCGCCGACACCUCAAUCAAAAAACGAGAAACUCACAGUGAAAUGGCUCUCCAACACCGUUCAGGAGCUGCGCAGCGAAAUCUCCGAACUCCAAAACACCCUCAACUCCUCCAUCCUGCUGCAGGACCACGAGGUCCAUCAGGCGCAGAUUAGCCUACUCCAGAGCGACAUUUCCAGCCUCAGCGGCGAGUUGGAGCGCUUCCGGACGCUGAACGCUCGCAAAGAGGCCGACAUGCGUCUCCUCCAAGAGGAGCUGAACAGUUUGAGGAGCGACUGGAGGAGCAUGGCCGAAGUGAACGGGCGCCUGCGGAACCAGCUCAAAUCAAUGCAACUGGAAUGGGCGCACGACAUGAAAGCGCUGCAAGAGAAGGAAACCCUUCCACUUCCAGCUGAAAACAGCAGCCACCCGCGCCACCAGCGGGUGCUGCGCCAGCACGUGGUCCACCUGGAGAAAACCACACGCUCCCUCCACAAGGAGAACGCCCUCCUCCAAGACCGAGUCAAGCAGCUGGAGGAGCAACAGCAAUCCAACCACGAGAGCAACCACAUCAAUGAAAUCAACGAGCUCGACCUUCAGCAGGUGCUCGCUCUGGAAAAGCAGCUGAACAACCUGAGUGAGCAGCAGCUGAUCCACACCGGCCACAUUGCCGAGCUGUCCAAGCAGAUCGACAACUUCGACAAGGUCCAUCUCUCCAUGCUGGAGCUGCUGGAGAACGUGGAGUCGCUGGAGAACAAAGUGGAUAAGGCGCUGCCUGAGCUGCGCAAGGAAAUCUCCAAGGUGGAGAGCCAGACGGGCCAGAUGGUGGCUGAUAUUGCGCCCCUGAAGGAGGACCACAACAACAUCAAAGAAUCGAUGAAAGCCAUCAGCUUCAGCGUGUCCAAGCUCCAGGACAAGGACAGCGAGGACGCGGCUGAGCUACAGAAGUUGCGCCAACAUCUGGACAACCUGGAAAAGGGCGCCGCCGUCCAGAAUUCCCACCUCCACAACCACAUCCUGAAGGAAGAAUCGGUUCUAACGGACGUGAACGCCACCAGGUCUACCAUCCACCUGGUGGAGGAGCUGCAGAGCUUCGAAAGCGAGUACAAGAGCAUAGUGAACAAGUUGCCUAGAGACUGUGGUUCAGUGGACGGUCCCAAAGGAAUCUACCUGAUCUCCCCAGGAGAUGGCGAGCCGAUUCUGGCACGAUGCGACAGCGGCUGGACAACGAUCCAGAAACGAUACGAUGGCAGCAUCAACUUCAACCGCAACUGGAACGAGUACAGCAACGGUUUCGGAAGCGCCACGGGCGAACACUGGCUGGGCAACCGCAACUUGCACCAUCUGACCAAAGACAAUUGCACCCAGCUCAGCAUCAACAUGAAGGAUAUCUAUGGAAAGUACUGGGAGGCCAGCUACGAUCACUUCCACAUCGCUGACUACACGCAGGGCUUCAAGCUGACCGUGUCGCAUUAUCAUGGCAAUGCCAGCGACGCCAUGGACUACCAGAAUCGAAUGGAGUUUUCCACGGUGGACAACGACCGGGACAUUUCCAACACUCAUUGCGCCAGCAACUACGAGGGAGGCUGGUGGUUUUCCCAUUGUCAGCACGCCAACUUGAACGGGCGCUACAAUUUGGGGCUGACUUGGUUUGACGGGACGAGGAAUGAGUGGAUCGCUGUGGCCCAGAGCGAGAUGAGAGUCAAGCGGAGGGACGUGUGCUGAGGAGAGUUGGGCGAUUUUGAACGCGUUACCCAUUUAGUGCCCCCAAAGAGUCAAUAUUUUUCUAUAUACUGCGUACUGAUAGAGUAUCGUAAUCGUUUAUUAGUAGGGAUCGGCCCAUGCCAGUAAAAGCCAAAGAUAAGCUAGUUCACACUGUUGUAGAUGUAGGUGUAUAUGCUAGGGAGCGUCUCCAUGUACAGACUUAUUUAUUUAUUGUAGGAUUUCAGUUAUUUGCUUGCCCCGAUUGCCAUAAGUCUUUGUAAAUAUAUUUGUAUGUAGGGAAUGAA